AUGGAGGAGGAUGCUGGGUUUAUCGAGCCAGAACGGGAGAUGAUAAGGGGGGCCCCUUGGAUGGAAUCAGCCCGGCAAACGGGGAACAACGGUGGAACGGGAAACCUUCUUCAUGGCUUCAACCCUAUCAAGCCCGUCCCUGCUCCCCACGCGUCUCUCCUCGAGUCCUCGCCCCAGGCACCCGGAGCAUCCCGCUUCUGCAACGGGUCGACUUGCGCUUUGCAGAACCCCCUCCCUCGUGGUCCCUUCCCUAUCACUGGUCAAUCGCAGGAAUUAUAUGGGGAUCUCCCGACCCAGACCCAGCUUACCACACCAAAGAGAAAUAGCACGGAACUAAAAGGCGUAUGGUUACAUCGACCGGUGCAAGGACAAGGGGCGCACUGGCGGCGGUCGUAUCCGCUGAAGAAAAGGGGAGGCUGGCCAAUCAGCGGCGCGGGACAGCGUCUCCCUUGA